AAUUGCAAUGAAAUUACCUUCUUAGGGUAGUAUGUCAAUGAGAUUGGCUCACAAUGUUGCUUUUAAUUUAGCACCUGUAUGUUGAAGGUGACAGAAUGUCGUACAAGUCAUGAUCAGGAUGAUCAACUAUGUUAUUAUUAUGAUAACUAUGUUGUAUAAUUAUGAUGCAUUGUGUAAUCUAACUUAUAAUCACUAGAAUAUGAACUUAUUUAAUAUUAGUUUAACUUUAACUACGUACUUAUCUAUGCUUAGUUAAUUCUAACUAUAUAUUUUAGUUUGCUUAUGAAUUUAAAUGAUUAUAACAUGCUUAGUUUCAUGAAAGAAUGUUUAGCUUAUAUUUUCCCGGACAAAAAGUACAGAAGUAGCGCACCGACCAUCUAAGUUUUGCUGCUAAUGAUAGAUUAAUUAACUUAAAUAUGAUGAUCAGAGGCCACAACAUUACAUUUCUUGCUAACCUAUUAUAAUUUAAAUGUGUCAAUUUUAAAAUCCAUAUAAAGUAAGUUAUCACCAUUGAAUAUUAAUAUAUUCUAGCUAACUAGUGAGAAGUUUCAGUUUAACAAUCGACUAACUAUAUAUGGGCUCUUAUAAUACACCAAUUUUAUAUAACUUCUAAUUUUCAAUUUUUAAUGUUAUGAAAAUGUUUAUGCACUUAUAUGAACUCCUUAAUCAAUUUAUGAUUAUUGUGCAUACAUGGGGAAUGUUUUAUGUUUAGUCUUAAGAUUUUUCUUAUGAAAGAAUCAUACAAAUAUAUUUCGUAUGUACUCAUUUAUUUGUAGUUGAUAACUUUUUAAUAAUAUAUUUAGGAACAAAAUUUCAAAGAGCAUCACCUGAUUCAAAUGGAGAGUCCGAUGAACAACAUCUUCUUAUCCCUUGUUACGUUCACCGUACUACUAGAUUCAUUAGUCCAGGGAGAUUUAAAAGUGCUCAACUUCACUCAGAAGUUGGAUCACUCUGGAUUCAACGACGAGAUAAGCAACCUCACCUUUCAACAGAGGUUGCUCGUCGACGACAGCCAGUGGGGAGGAGCUGGGGCUCCCAUCUUUGUAUUAUUCGGAGGGGAGAAUGGCCAGACGUUUUCCCCUAAAGAAUAUGGGAUUUUGGGUCUAAGUGCCACUGAGUUUAAAGCCAUGCUUGUUAAUAUACAGCAUCGCUUCUAUGGUGAUUCGGUACCACUAGGGUCAAUCGAUUUGGCCAUGGCGGAUGACCGAGUUAGAAGAUUCUUAGCCACAGACCAAACUCUACAAGAUUACGCAGUAAUCAUUGAGAGCGUGAAGGCUAACUACUCUGCUGGCAACUCACCCGUUAUUGUUGUGGGUAUGGGCUAUGCUGGAGCAUUAGCAAUAUGGUUCCGGUUGAAGUACCCGGAGAUCACUAUUGGAGCAUUAGCCUCAUCGACUCCACUAAUGUACUAUGGUAAUAGUACCCCUGGGGAUGGGUAUUGUUCAAUCGUAAGCAAGGACUUUCAGGAUUACAACUCGCAAUGCUACAAGUCGAUAAGUAAAUCCAGAAAGUUAUAUGAUGAUAUUGCCUCACAACCCAAUGGUUUGGCACAUCUCAGCCAUAUCUUUAACACAUGCCGCCCUUUACAAUCUGCGGAUGAGAUCACAUACUUGUUGGCACAAGUAUAUUCAUUUAGGGCACAAUAUGAUGGUCCCAAUCAUAUGGCAUUGAACUCCAUUUGCCAUUUUAUAAAUAACGAGGGUGGCUCCAUUCAAGGAUUUGUUAGUACAUUGUAUCAAGCAUUGGAUGCUGAUGAGGGUUGUUUUGACAACACUCUUUUAGAAGUUAAUUCUCCAUUUGAGCCUCCUUCAAAUUUAACAAUGGCUUGGGCAUGGCAGAGAUGCACUGAACUGAUUUUCCCUAUCGGAUGCACCGAUACUACUAUGCUUCCAGCCAAACCUUUUGAUAUGACCCAAUUUACGGCAUCAUGUCAAAAGAGGUUUGGAGUUGUUCCACAACCCAACACACCCAUAAGCUUCUUCAAGGCUCGUAAUAUUGUAGAGUCACUCACUGGAUUUGGAGGAAAUAUCAUAUUUUCCAACGGUCUUCGAGAUCCCUUUUGUAGUGGAGGGAUAUUAGAGAAUUUAUCGAAGACAAUCGUUGCAAUUACAAGCGAUGAAGGAUCUUAUACUUGGGACAUGAACACAAUUGAUGAGGAAAAUGAUCCUAAAUGGUUGAAAGAGAAAAGAGAAGAAGAAUUAGAGAUAUUCAGACAUUGGAUCAACAAUUUUCAUCAUAUUAGCAUCGGAUUUAAGCUUUCUUGUUGUACUUUUAUUGUAUAUUUCUUAGAAGUUCUAGUUUUUGGAUUUAUGUACAUAAGUUAGUUAUUCAAUUCAAUUGUAUUGUUUGUUAAGGUUUGUAUAUCUAAAACUGGCGAAUUGCUCCAUUUGUUCACAUCAAUUUUCAAAUCAAGUCCAUUAACUUUAGAUUGGAACAAUUUGGCUCUUGCAUCCACUUGUGAAAUUACACUAAAAGUUGCAGUUUUUAUUUAUUUUAUAUAAACUCCUAGAAUAAGCAAGAA